AUAAACCAAUCCGAGAAAGAGAGAAGACAGAAGCUACAACAAUGGCGCACGCGACGACUCUCUCUCACUCCCUCAUCGCCUCUUCCUCCAGGUUCUCUCGUCUCCGUUCUACCACUACAUUUCUCAGGAAUCCGCUCACCGGAAAAAGCUUCCGAUGCUGUUGCUCCGCCGCCGCUACGACCGACGAAUCUUCCCCUUCUGUAAGGGAACGUGUGGUCUCUGGAGUCCAGCCCACAGGAUCAAUUCACCUUGGAAACUAUCUCGGCGCAAUCAAAAACUGGGUCGCUCUUCAGGAUACAUAUGAAACACUCUUUAUCGUCGUAGACGAUCACGCGACAACACAACCAUAUGACCCACAACAACUAAGAAAGGCAACUAGGGAUACUGCAGCGCUUUAUCUAGCAUGUGGUGUAGACAUUUCUAAGUCUUCGGUGUUUGUGCAAUCUCACGUCCCUGCUCAUAUGGAGUUAAUGUGGCUUUUAAGUUCAUCCACACCUAUUGGUUGGCUACAGAAAAUGACUCAAUUCAAAGAGAAAUCACGCAAGGAGGGGGCUGAAAAUGCUGCUGUCUCUUUGUUUACUUAUCCAGUUCUGAUGGCAUCUGAUAUCCUCUUGUAUCAGGCGGAAUAUGUCCCUGUUGGUGAGGACCAGAAGCAGCACCUAGAACUUACCCGCGACCUGGCACAGCGUGUUAAUCAUUUAUAUGGUGGAAGGAAGUGGAAGAAGCUCGGAGGACGUGGUGGUUCGCUCUUUAAGAUACCAGAACCACUCAUACCACCAGUUGGAGCCCGAGUUAUGUCUCUUACCGAUGGUCUUUCCAAGAUGUCCAAGUCUGCACCUUCUGAUCAGUCACGGAUCAAUCUACUUGACUCAAAAGAUUUGAUUGCGGACAAGAUAAAACGGUGCAAGACAGACUCAUUUGCAGGCCUUGAAUUUGACAAUGCCGAGAGACCUGAAUGCAACAAUCUCCUCUCCGUAUAUCAGAUUGUUUCAGGCAAGACAAAAGAGGAAGUGAUGGAGGAAUGCAAAGAUAUGAGCUGGGGUACAUUUAAGCCUCUCCUUGCGGAUGCUUUGAUCGAGCAUCUGAGUCCAGUCCAGGUCCGUUAUCAGGAGAUAACAGCGGAAACAGGGUAUUUGGACAAAGUAUUGUCAGAAGGUGCGGACAGAGCGACGGAGAUAGCGGUUCCCACAGUUCGAAAUUUGCGGCAAGCUAUGGGAUUCUUGAUUCUUGAUUCGUGAUUAUUGAUUCUUGAUUGACAUUUGUGGUCGGCAUUUUUUGGAGUUGAAAAGAAAAAAGUUCGAAUUACAUUUUCCAAAUAUUGAUUGAUUCUUUAGUUAUUUUACUAAA